CUGAGGGCCUUAGAGAAAAUGCUGACCAUAUGCGCGGUUCAAAUCUUAAAAAGGCAAAUGUUAUGCUUAGGCAAGCUGCUGAAAUAUUGGAAACUAUAGGCAAAGCUGAUUCUGCUGCACAAUGUUUUUCUGAUUUGGGGGAGUUUGAAAGAGCAGGAAGGCUUUAUUUAGAAAAGUGCGGGGAGUCUGAACUUCAAAGAGCAGGGGAAUGCUUUUGUCUAGCAGGAUGCUAUGAACUGGCAGCUGAUGUGUAUGCUAAAGGCAACUUUUUCUCAGAAUGUUUGAAAGUUUGCACCAAGGGAAAAUUAUUCAAAAUGGGUUUCAAAUACAUUCAGUAUUGGAAAAAUAAUGCAAGUAAGGAUUUUGGUGUGGCUAGAAGAGGAAAAGAAAUAGACAAGAUUGAACAUAAGUUUCUAGAGAGUGCUGCUCGUCAUCAUCAUAAGCUUAAAGAUAGCAGAUCCAUGAUGCAGUUUGUCAAAGCUUUUCAAUUCAUGGAUUUGAUGCGCAGAUUUUUGAUAUCUUUGGAUUGCCUUGGUGAGCUUCUAUUGUUGGAAGAAGAAUCAGGAAACUUCUUAGAGGCUGCCAACAUUGCAAAGCUGAGAGGGGAGAUUCUACAUGAAGCUGAUCUUCUAGGGAAGGCAGGGAAUGUCAAAGAAGCGUCCAUGCUAUUGCUUUUCUAUGUGCUGUACAAUUCACUUUGGACACCUGGAAGCAAGGGCUGGCCACUAAAGCAGUUUACACAGAAGCAGGAGCUUUUGGCAAAAGCCAAGUCAUUUGCUAAGAAUGACUCAAACUUUUAUUCUUUUGUUUGUACAGAGGCUGACAUUUUAUCAAAUGAGCAGAGUAACUUGUCCAUAACAAAAAAGUAUUUGAAUGCUUCUCAGAGACAUAAUAGUGUUGGAGGUGAAAUAAUUUCUGCUCGAAAAAUUCUAGAUGCUCAUCAUCAGUCAAACUCUGCAAAGUAUGUGUGGCAGGAUUAUUUUGUUUUUGAUCUGACAAAGUAUUCGGAACAGGUGAUCUCUAGAAAUCAGAUUUCUGUAGAAACCCUGUUUUACUUUUGGAAUUUUUGGAAAGACAAGAUUCUGAACAUUUUCAAGUAUCUCAGAUGUCUUGACACUCAAGAUGUUAAUGAAUAUAGAAGUUAUGGAGAUUUCUGUUUGAAUUACUUGGGGGUGCGGAGGCAGUUUCAAAAUCGUAAUGCAAUCUAUGUAUUGCUCAACUCCGAUGCGAAUUGGGUCAGAGAGGACAGUAGAUUCAUUCAUCGAAAUGGAAAUUUGGUUUAUAUUGGUGUGAGACAUUUUGUUGCAACUGCUCAAAAUUACUGGUGUUCAGAAUUACUUUGUGCUGGUAUGAAGGUUUUGGACAAUCUUGAAGCCCUUUACAAUUUCUCAUUGAAGAAUUCCCUCUCCCUGUUCUGCCAAAGCAGAUCUCUUACGUAUAUCUAUGAGGUUGCAAAGUUUCUCUUGGAAUCCAAAUAUCUGAACCGUAGUCACUACAACAACAAGACAUUGCAGAGAUUUGUUGAACUUUGUAAUAAUUCUUUUUUUGGCUAUAUAUUUCCCCUAGAUUGGCGAAAAUCAUUGGCAGAGAACAUGUUUUCUCUGAGAGAAUCUGAGGUUUCAAGGAAUUUACUAGAACAGGUCAUAAUUGAAAACAUCAGCUUGAAGGGUAAGUUGACAUACGGGCAAAUUGGAAGAGUUGUAGUGAUAACUCUUGGAUUGGGUAAGAUAAACAAUGGUUUAUAUAAGGAGAUUUUGAAAAGGUUUGAUGGGACUUAUGGAAAUCCACCAUGGAAGACAUUCAUUCAGGUUCUCCGUGGGAAUAUGGGACCAGAAUUUCCUCAAGGUACUUUAACUGACAAUAACUGUGAAUCUCCAAGAGAAUUGUGCGUUCUGCAGAAGCUACAAGAAGCUUUGAUGGAUACUUACAAUGCAAAUUGGAGAGAAGUCGACUAUAUUUCACCCAGUUGUUUCUUGUAUCUUAUGGAGCGCCUCCUAAUCUUGGCAUCUCACUUCAAGGGAUACUUUAUCACUUCGAAGUCUUCUUUUGCUGAGUGGUUUAUCUAUCAAGCUGCAGAUACCAACCCAAAUUCCACUUUAAUGGCUCAAAUGAGACCAUCCCAUGUUAUCUUUGAGUUUAUUGUCAAAGUUGUUCAGCGGCUUCUUUAUGAUAAGAAUGAUACAAUGGAUUGGAUUAGAAGGUCUGAUAUAAAUGUGAAGGACUACUAUCCACUGCUGGUAUUGAGAUUGGUUUCUAUAAUAUGUUUAGUUCAUCUGAAUUCUGGGGAAUUUUUGGAAUUUCUUUUUGCAUUGCUUGGUAGGAGCUAUAUUACUGAGCAACUUCCAAGGGAAUUUUAUGAUGUCCUUCAGAGAAGACGGAAACAUAUAAAUGUGAAUGCGCUAGCUGAAGCAUUUAAAAAGAUUCACAAUCCUCUUGUAAUUGUGAGUUUGGGAGGAAAUUGUUCAAGGUUUCUAUGUCCAGAUGCCAUUUUUGUGGACAUGACGGAAAAACAGUGCAGGGAGGACAUGUUAAAAGUCUUAUUUCCGGAGACAGUGAAACCAUCACAAGGUCCAACUGAGACAUUUGAAGUGGGAGCAACUAACUCUGGCAAUGAACUGCUUUCUUCAGGCACUUAUGAUCAAGACAGUUGUAAUUGUAAGUCUACACCUUCAAACUUUGCUUUGGUGGCAGAUCAGGGGGACUUGAACAACAUAAAUGGAAGCGGGCUGCAAGUGAAUUACUUUGGGGAAAUAUUUGAAGCUUUGAAGUCGUUGGAACAUGGUAAAGAUCCAAGGAGCUUUUUGUUAAAUGUCCAAAUGAUGAAGGUGAACGUGGAGAAAAGUAUUCACCUUGUUAGUACUGUUAUGCUAUCAACAAUGUUGAUGAAAACCUAUUGGAGGAAGUAGACAGCAUGGUUGAUGAACUGAAGCAACUUUCUGCUGCACUGGAUGUGAGCGAACCGGAACUUGAAAACAAUAUGUCAACAAUUCAAGAACUUUGCAAGAGAUUGCUGUCAAGAAGGCCAAAUCUGGAACCCAUCUUAAGUAAGCAAUUCUUGCAACUGGGCACAAACCUUGUGAUUCAGACUUCUGGCAGUAUAUCAUAUAAGCAGCAGUGUGAUGUAAAGGACAAUGAUAGUAAAGCUAAGUAUAAUAGCAGUGCAGAUGUUGCAUCGGUCUCCAACCGUAAAAACAGCCAGGAAACAGAAAAUAAGGUGAAGGGUAACAAGUCCAGGAAAAAUAAGGGGUAAAAAGGGAGGCAGUAAGAGAUAAAUAGAUGUACAUGAGUUGAAAGUUAUUAUGUAUUGAACAUUUCAAAAAUU